CCGGGGGAGCCGAGCCGAGCCUGCGACCCACAAAGCCGCCGCCGCCGCCGCGAUGGGGCUGUGAGGCGUCCGCCCGCGCUCGGUCCUCCGCCGGCCCGCGACUAUGCUCGGCCGCGCCCGCCCUCCGCGCCCUCCCGCCGCAGGACCAUGAGGCCGCGCUCGGGCGGCCCAGGGGCCCCGGGCCGCCGCCGCCACCGCCUCCGCCGCCGCCCCGGCCCCCGCGGCCGCCGCCUGCCGCCGCCGCCGCCUCUUCCGCUGCUGCUCGGGCUGCUGCUGGCGGCCGCGGGGCGCGCGGCGCGGGCCAAGGAGACGGCGUUUGUGGAGGUGGUGCUGUUCGAGUCGAGCCCGAGCGGCGACUACACCACCUACACCACCGGCCUCACGGGCCGCUUCUCGCGGGCCGGGGCCACGCUCAGCGCGGAGGGCGAGAUCGUGCAGAUGCACCCCUUGGGCCUAUGUAAUAACAAUGACGAAGAGGACUUGUAUGAAUAUGGCUGGGUAGGAGUAGUGAAGCUGGAACAGCCAGAACUGGACCCAAAACCAUGCCUCACUGUCCUGGGCAAGGCCAAGCGGGCAGUGCAGCGGGGAGCCACUGCCGUCAUCUUUGAUGUAUCAGAAAACCCAGAAGCUAUUGACCAGCUAAACCAGGGCUCAGAAGACCCACUCAAGAGGCCGGUGGUGUACGUGAAGGGUGCAGAUGCCAUCAAGCUGAUGAACAUCGUCAACAAGCAGAAAGUAGCUCGAGCAAGGAUUCAGCACCGCCCGCCUCGACAACCCACCGAGUACUUUGACAUGGGGAUUUUCUUGGCAUUCUUCGUCGUGGUCUCCUUGGUCUGCCUCAUCCUCCUUGUCAAAAUCAAGCUGAAGCAGCGGCGCAGUCAGAAUUCCAUGAACAGGCUGGCCGUACAGGCUCUGGAGAAGAUGGAAACCAGAAAGUUCAACUCCAAGAGCAAGGGGCGUCGGGAGGGCAGCUGUGGGGCCCUGGACACGCUCAGCAGCAGCUCCACGUCCGACUGCGCCAUCUGCCUGGAGAAGUACAUCGACGGAGAGGAGCUGCGGGUUAUCCCCUGUACUCACCGCUUUCACCGGAAGUGCGUGGACCCGUGGCUGCUGCAGCACCACACCUGCCCCCACUGUCGGCAUAACAUCAUAGAACAAAAGGGAAACCCGAGCACUGUGUGUGUGGAGACCAGCAACCUUGCGCGCAGCCGGCAGCAGAGGGUGAUCCUGCCGGUGCACUACCCCGGCCGCGUGCACAGGACCAAUGCCAUCCCGGCCUACCCUACCAGGACAAGCAUGGACUCCCACGGGAACCCCGUCACGCUGCUGACUGUGGACCGGCACGGGGAGCAGAGCCUCUAUUCCCCACAGACCCCCACCUACAUCCGCGGCUACCCGCCCCUGCACCUGGACCACACCCUGGCCCCUCACCGCUGCAGCCUGGAGCACCGGGCCUACUCACCAGCUCACCCCUUCCGCAGGCCCAAGUUCAGCGGCCGCAGCUUCUCCAAGGCAGCUUGCUUCUCCCAGUAUGAGACCAUGUACCAACACUACUACUUCCAGGGCCUCAGCUACCCAGAGCAGGAGGGCCAGGCUCCCCCGGGCCUCUCUCCCAGGGGCCCGACCCGCGCCUUCCCCCCGAGUGGCGGCAGCGGCGGUGGCGGCCUGCUGUUCCCCACCGUGGUGCACAUGGCCCCGCCCUCCCACCUGGAGAGCGGCAGCACGUCCAGCUUCAGCUGCUACCACGGCCACCGCUCAGUGUGCAGCGGCUACCUGGCCGACUGCCCGGGCAGUGACAGCAGCAGCAGCAGCAGCAGCUCCGGCCAGUGCCACUGCUCCUCCAGCGACUCUGUGGUGGACUGCACCGAGGUCAGCAACCAGGGCGUGUACGGGAGCUGCUCGACCUUCCGCAGCUCCCUCAGCAGCGACUAUGACCCCUUCAUCUACCGCAGCCGGAGCCCCUGUCGCACCAGCGACGUGGGGGGUUCCGGUGGCUCAGGCCGGGGGCCUGUCGUGUGCCUUGAGGGCUCCCCGCCUCCAGAGGAGCUCCCGGCAGCCCACGGUCAAGGUGCGGGGCGGGGAGAGCCUUGGCCCGGCCCUGCCUCUCCCUCGGGGGACCAGCUGUCCACCUGUAGCCUGGAGAUGAACUACAGCAGCAACUCCUCCCUGGAGCACAGGGGGCCCGCCAGCUCUACCUCAGAAGUGGGGCUCGAGCCUUCUCCCGGGGCUGCCCCGGAUCUCAGGAGGACCUGGAAGGGGGGGCGCGAGGGGCUGUCGUGUGCCUGCUGCUGCGAGCCCCAGCCCGCCACGCUGGAGCCCAGUGCAGGAGUGGCCGGGGGCAGCACACUGUUCCUGGGUCUCCCGCCCUGUGAGGCCUGUGGCCCCACGGGUGGGGAGUCACAGCCGGGAAGCUCCCAGGGCCUGUACGGUCUUCACCCAGACCAUUUGGCCAGGACAGAUGGGGUGAAAUAUGAGGGCCUGCCCUGCUGCUUCUAUGAAGAGAAGCAGGUGGCCCGUGGUGGCGGAGGGGGCAGCGGCUGCUACACUGAGGACUGCUCCGUGAGCGUGCAGUACACGCUCGCCCAGGAGGCCCCGCCCAGCUGCCACCCAGGGGCCCGGGACCUGAGCCAGCGCAUCCCCAUCAUUCCGGAGGAUGUGGACUGUGACUUAGGCCUGCCCUCAGACUGCCAAGGGACCCGUGGCCUCAGCCCCUGGGGUGGGACCCUGGGCCCGGAUGCCCUGCGGCCCCACAGAAGCCUGGGAGCAGCCCAGGAAGAAGAGCCGGUUCUCUGCUGCCAGGCCAGGGCACCGCUCUCGCCCGGCUGCCCUCUGGAGGGUGCAGAGGCCACCAGGGCCAGCUUCCCCGGUACCCCCCAGGACACUCAGGAGUCCAGCGCCACAGCCACUGAGGCUGCAGGACAGAGAUCUUGCCCAGCAGACGGCGGCACGGGAGCCUGAGCUCAGAAGGAAUUCUGGAAAUGGGGACUAUAUGGAGACUCCAAGCUCUGACUUCCUUCAGGAAAGAAAAAAAAAAAAAGAAAAAAAAAAGAUUUUUUUUAGCUUUGACAAACACACAAAAGUGGUAAUAAAGAGAGCCCUCCUUCUCAACCCAAAAUGUGAGCCACCUGUGGCAAACCGCCCCCAUCCCCACCCCCCAUUAACAAACCAACAGACAAAAUUCUCUGAGUCUUUUGCCUCUUUUGAUAACAUGGUAUUCUGUUUUGUAAAGUGUGUGUGCUUGGGGUUCUGAGGUGUGUGGGAUUGAGUUCUCUGCUUUGUUUUUAAGAUAUUAUAUGUAAAUGUAAAGUUAUUUAAAUAUAUAUUUUAAAGAACCCUAACCACCAACUUUUGCUGAAAAAAAAAAAAUCACUGCUGCAUUAAUUGAACCACAUCAUGUGUAGAUACUGUUGUCUCCCCGGAGGGGGCUCAGGCCUUUGAAAAGCUCAGGGCUACACCUGCCUUAGAAAAUGAACCAGAAACUUGAAGCUAGUUGAUAUGGGUACAGACUCUGAGGAACAAUGCAAUGCUGCCUCUUUCUUUCUUGUGGCAAAUCCCAACGUGCAAAGUUUCGGGUCUUCUCAGAAGCCAUGCCUCUCCAGCCCACACCUUUAGGCAGCUGAUGGAAACAGCUAGGAACAGGGUGGAAGGUCUGCAGCACUGAGGAGCUGGGACAAGCCAUUGCUACACAAAGCCCCAGGGUGACAGGGACAAUUCAGCCCAGUGUCCUAAGUCUGUCCCUUUGGGUCAGCGUCUUAGGUAAAAGGACAGAGUUCACAAUCCUGAACUUGGGCUUCCUGCUACUGGCUGCAGAAAUGGUUCGAAGGGGUGUGUGGGGACAAACACCCGGGAGGAAUGUAGUUUUGCGGCCUUGGUGUCUAGGGAGCAGAGAGUGUCCCGGAGAAGGGACAGAGGGCACUGGAGCGUGCCUGCGGGGGGUGCACAGCCAGCAUCCUUGGGCUGCCUUCCUGGGGAUCCCACGGGGUCAGCACCGAGCUCCGUUUGAAUGAUACGUUUCCCAUCCCAUUUCCCUCUGGAAGCUCGCUUCAGGGGUCUUUCAGCCCAUUGCCUCAUGGCUGAAAUUGCUCAUCUCACCUGCAAAUGUCUACUAUCCUUUCUACCUAAUGCACUAUUAUGUAUUGAUUCUCCAGGAGACAGAGAAAGAGACUAUCAGAUAGUUUAGACCCAAAGGGUAGGUCUUUGUAUAUUUUUCCAGCCUUUUGCUGUUCUUGUUUUUAAGAGGAAGGGAGAGUUUUAAAACCCAAACCAUUUUUUUUUUUUUAAAGAUGUUUCCACUUUUAAAAGGGAGAAUCUAUUUAAAGCUAUUUCAGAUCAGGGAUUGUCAUCCUUUUUGUCCAAUCAAUGUACUUCUUGUUCUUAAGAAAGUUUUUUUUAGAAGAAACUAAUCACAUUAGCCCUUGUGUUCACUAACUCCUCUGGUCACUUUGAUUCAUUUGUCAUCUGAAAUGCUCAUUUGCGGAAUAGGAACCUCACAGCCUAGGGUGCCCCCCCCCCUCCCCGCCGCCGCCCUCCUAGUGGGUAAAUAGAGACCACCCUGGGUUGCCAUCAUCGGUAAUGUAAGGCUCAGGGGAAGUCAGCCCAAAGUCCAGAUGAGAAUGUUUUGACUGAGAGUCUCACUGUAUCCCAAGCCUUUUUGCUUUUUUUUUUUUUUUUUUUUUUUAACCCAGCCUGUGAUGAGGACAUUUACCUACUUGUAGCCAGAUUUUGACAGAAAUUCCAACAUCAACUGAUGGAGCCAUUUGCCAUUUAGGAACUCACCAUGGUGAGAUGUGUCUUCCAGUCCCUGAGGUACAGUCCCUUGGGGGCUGCUCCCCCCACCCCGGGCUGAUGCCCAGCACACCUGUUGGCGAGGGUGUGGGAAGCGCCUAAGCUGUUGACAUGUGAUCCGGGCCGCCUUUAUUUCUCGGGCCAGGAGUAGCAGCUGCUGGGGACAACAGCUUGCAUUACGUGGUUUUAGGGGAAGGAUGGGGGCAUGGCUUCUAACAUGGGUUGCAAAAACCAGCUUCUCAUUGUUGAGAUUUUCUUGUUGUUUGUGGUUUUGUUUUUUGUUUUGUUUUUAAUGCCUUUGAGUGCAUACUCUUUGAAACCAUAGCCCCAAAGUGGCUUUCUUUAGCCCUGCUUGGAAAACUACUCCUCAACAGCCUUAAGCAAUAAAUAGAUGAGUAGAUAAUGUGGCUUCAACGGGGCUUAUUAACAUAAAUGUGUCUGAUUUUCAUUUGAAAGGGCAAUGAUUACAGAUGGCAAAAAGAAACAUUUAAUUGUUAUAGUUUACAGGGUGGUAGAAACAGGAAAAUGAAAUGUUAAAACUUUAAGUAUCAGCCAUUGUCUUAAAUUUGUGUUGGCCCACCAGACAAGGAGGUCACCAGAAUGUAGUAACCCAACUAUAUUGCCUAGGCAUUCAAAUGAAAAGGAAUGUCUUCUUCGAAGUUAUAAGACUCCAAUAAUAAUGACAAGUACCUUUGUCGGUGGCCUCUCAGUGGUGUGCUGGGGUCAUAUAGCCUUGGAAACUGGGAGCAUCAUAUUUUCCAUUGAGAACCGCCCCCCCCCCCCCAAGCCGAAGUCCCCUGGCCCAGCCCUGGGGAUGGGACAGAUAGACAUGUAAACUGAAGAGUGUUGGAACCAGUUAAAAAUGGUCUUCUGAUCAACAAGGUACCUCUUUGUGAUAGGACACAGCCUCAAUAUGCUGGCUCUGACUCAGUCUCUCCCACCUCUGUUGAACCCAAGCCAUUUUAUAAAGCCCAAUCUGCUGUCCCACCGCUCAGACCCUCCUCCCUUACGUGCUGCUAGUUUCUACUCAAAGCUCAUGCAUGACUAAUGCUUUUUAAAUGAGGUCUAAAAAAUAAUCACUAAUCAAGAGUAUUAUUUUUUAAACAGACCUUUUUCUAUUCUUUAUAUAAACUCUAUUGUGUUGGUCUAACAAGACACUAUUUUAAAAAAAAAUUUUUUUUUUACCUUCUCCCAUAGCACUUAAAAGAUAUUUUGUAAAGACUUUGCUGUAAAGAUUUUGUAAUAAAAUGGUCUAAGGGCUCCUUCUCCAACAUUACCAUUUUUUUAAAUGUUUUAAAGGCUAGAAAACAACUUAUGUAUAUUCUGUAUAUGUAUAGCAGCACAUUUCAUUUAUGGAAAUAUGUUCUCAGAAUAUUUAUUUACUAAUAUAUUUAUCUUAAGCCAUGUCUUAUGUGGAGAGUGUGACAUUGUUGGCAUAAUCAUUGAAAAUGACUAACAUGAGGCCCUGUAAAUACAUGAUAAUUGCACACAGAUUUUACAUAUUUGCCGACCAAAAAUGAUUUAAAACAAGUUGUAGUCUUCUAUGGUUUUGUAACAAAUUGUACAAAUGACUGUAAAAAAAAAAAAUACAAUUUUAUCAAGUACGUGUUA